AUGUUUAAUUUAAAUAUACCUCCCUCAUCGCUGUUGGGUGUGGAAGGCUCUGGCGGCCUCUGCUCCAAGCCCAAUACACCCGAAAUUCUCAAUUCUCUAAUUGCCAUGACAAAUCCCCUGGAUAAUUAUAAUUUUAAUGCCAACAACAACAACUCCAGUGCCUCAACACCGAAUUCGGUGACAGUGCGCAAUUUUUCUAAUCAGAAUAUCUCCCAGGAUAGCUGUCAUUCGAGCAGCUCCUCAACACCAUUGGAUUCACCUGCUAAUACAAAUUUUACGCCCAGUGUACAACAGACCUGUUCCCAGCUAAUCAAAGCCGGUCUCAAGCUAUCCAUCCAAAGUAAACGGAAAUUAUCCACCUGUGAUUCGAGUUCCGGUUCCGAACAGCCAAUGUCGAAAUGUUCACGCCCCAACGAUGAGUACGACGAGACCACCGAUGAUGAUAGCGAACAGAAGAGUACGAGCACGAAUAGCGGCAAGGGCUUGACGCCCGAAGACGAAGAUAGACGUCGUCGUCGCCGUGAACGUAAUAAAAUCGCUGCCACCAAAUGUCGCAUGAAGAAACGUGAACGUACCCAAAAUCUCAUUAAAGAGGCGGAGCAGUUGGACACACAAAAUGUCGAUUUGAAAAGUCAGGUGCGUCAGUUGGAAACGGAACGUCGCAAGUUGUUGGAUAUGCUAAAGGCCCAUGAACCGAAUUGUAUGCAUCCGGGGGGUUUGAAUUUGCCAUCGAAAUUGUUGCAGUCGCCGGCUUUUAAAUAUUUGGCGGAUUUAAAUUUGGAGGAGACCUCAAAUGGCAGCAACACAACAACAAAUGGCAACAACAACUCAUCAUUACAAUCCACCACCCAGCCGCAACCGCAACGCACUGCUAUCCCACCGAUGUCGACUAUCAAAUUUUCACGCAGUAAUGGUUUCAAGGCCGCCGCUGCUGUGGUCUCCGCCGCUCUUACCAACACCGUUUCAAUUGUAUCUCAGCUUCCCACAGCAGUGCAACUGCCCAAUGGCUAUUGCAAACCCUCACCCACCACUCACCAGGAAUUGGCCUAUUUGAAUUCACCCUCACAGGACAGCAAUUCGUUGUGCAUAGCCGCCCUGCAGACCCAGACACAUCUCAGCAACGCCAGUACACCCACCGCCCACCACAAUGCCCUCAACAGCUCAGCUUCCAGCCUAGUUGGCGGCCACUCGCUGGCCGAUUACAUUCCGAACUGUGACUCCGGUCUGGGCCUGUCGCUGGCCCACACACCCACCACCUGCCGGACACCGAUCAGCAGCAAUGGCGGCGACAGCAGUGCCCUGCUGGCCAGUGUGGCCUCGCCCAUGUCCUGUGUCUCCACGCCCACCACAGCCACCGAAUUCGUAAAGAACGAAUUGGUCGACUCGCAGAGUCCCUAUACGACAGCUCAGUCAGCCGAGAGAUUUCUGUUCGAGAGUAAUUGUGAUAGCUUCGUGGACAUUAAACAUGCUGUAAAUGUCCAUCAGCCGAUUAGCCACAACCAUGGCGGACCCACUCUGUUGCAGAACACAAAUGGGGGAAGCAACCUGCUGGAUUUCACGAGCAGUUUGAUGGGUGGUAAUGGCAGCGGCAGCAGCAUUGUACCCUUCCAUGAGCAGAUUUCCAUUAAAAAUGAUUAUCUGAAUGAUGCCGAUUUGUUGGCCCAUUUGACCGGUGAUGCUGCGGAAUUUGUUGAUUUGGAUACUGGGGUGGCAGCUGCGUUUAUGGCCAAUGGUGGUUGUUUGGCUUAG